CCACGUCGUGUUUCAGAGCGCCCAGCCACGAACGCCGAACGCGAAGAACAAUUUCGAAAAUUUUCUACAAAUAUAUAUUUUUGAAUCGAGUUCCCAGCGGCUCACAUUUAAUUUUUAUAUAAUAAGCAAAGGCUGUGAAACCGCAUCAGCAGCAGCCGCAGCCGCCAUGCAGGUCUUCGAUAACAAUAUGCGUCGCGCCUCACGACGUGCCUCAUUGCGACGUGGAUCGAUUUCGGCGCUGCCACAGAAAUCGGCGGAGAUUCCAUGGGAUAUCUUUGAGCGCCUCUUUAUGCCGUUCCUCUUUUGUCAGGCUGCGGCAAUUGUCAGCUCGCAUCUGCUGCAUGCACUGAGUAUCAGCAACAUUUCAACAUUUGCGGUCUUCGUUUGGUUCGCCCUGGCCACCGUGGGUGCCGUGUUGUUCUAUCACUUUGUGAAGGUAUCUGCACCGGGCAAGGGUGUUUUAAUCACCGGCUGUGAUUCACCGUUAGCCUGGUAUCUGGCUAAGAAACUGGAUGAUCUGGGCUUUACGGUAUAUGCGGGAUUUCACACGCCCUUAGAUGACUCGGACGAGGCCAAAAUCCUCAAGGAGGAGACCUCGGGACGCAUGAAGUUGCUGCACCUUGACAUUACAUCCGAGACAAGUCUGUUGGAAGCUGCUCGCUAUGUCACUCAACAUUUGCCGCAUGGCGCCGAGGGCCUGUGGGCUCUGGUACAUUGUGCCCAUUGGAUUGCUCUCGGCGAACUGGAGUGGAUACCGUUUGCAGUGUUGCGCAAAAGCUUGGAUCUGAAUCUACUCGGCGCCGCACGUAUGACUCAAAUCUUUUUGCCUCUGGUGCGUCGUGCCCAUGGACGUGUGGUGUUCCUAACCUCGGGCCUGAAUCGUGUGCCGUCCCCGGUGCGUGGCAUCCAGUGUGCCACACAGGCGGCUGUCGACGGUUUCGCUGCCUGUCUGCGCCAGGAGAUGCGCACACGCGGCGUGGAUGUGUCCGUGGUAGCAGGUGGAGAGUUUGCUCCUGGCAAUGGCUGGCUAAACGAGACGGAGCUGCGCGAACAGGCGAAGCAAAUGUGGAAUCAGCUCUCCUCCGAGCAGAAGAAGGCCUACGGCGAAGAUUACUACGAGUCUGCCAUGACAUCUGUGGAAAAAUACUCGCGCCAGGCCGCUGACAUUCAGCCAACGCUGCGCGUGCUCAUCGAUGCUGUGACCAGGACCUUCCCCAUGGCCCGCUACACGCCAGUGACUGCCAAAGAGAAGCUGCAAAUAUUGCUUGCCGAACACUUGGCGCCCUCACUCUACGAGUCCAUCUAUGGCGAGCAAAAGAAAUUUGUCUAUUGAGCAAUUUCGUUGCCGUGUUUCCGUUUUGUUAGUGACCCGCCCCCAACCCACCCACCCCACAUCCUCUUGCCACACAGACACAAACACACACACACACACACUAGACGACGCCCAAGCAGUUUGUUUUUAUUUUUUGUAUGCUGUCGAAAUUGUUAUUGUUUAUCUAUUGCUCCGUUGUUGUCCAAAGCGCAUUUAAAAUGAAGCAAAAACGUUGUCACGCAUUCAGCAUUUAGCGUUUCUCUCGUACGAGUAUAUCAACUAUAUGUACAAUAUCAUACUAGAUUGUCACCUUUUUUUCAAUUUACUGAUUUUCAUGGUUUUCCUACUCUUUUUCGUUUUGAAAAUAUCGUGCGUCAUUUAUAUUUUUAAUAUUGUUGUGCAUAUUUUUAGUUUGUAGCGCAAAUUGUAAUACAUAUUCAUUAAACGAUAAAUAAAACCAAUGAUAACAUUAAAAU